AUGGAGCUCGCGUUCGGAAACGCGCUUGUUACUCUCGAUGUUGAUGCCAUGUAUAGUGCCCACUUCAACUUCAACAUGACCAAGGAGAAGACUACGGACAAGGGCUUCGAGCUAGAGGUCCAGUUCCCUCCACAGGAGCCUAGUGUGGAGGCGACCGACACGUUCUUCCAGAAGGUCGUCGAUCCAGUGUGGCUGGAAAAGUCACUCGACAAUGACGCUAAGACGCUGCGGAUACUCCGUGAGAAAGUGAAUAAGGAGGAGGGCAAUGCUAGAACCAAGGCCUGGCGAGUCUUGCAUCGCUGUACCUAUGUCAGCCGUGUCCCUGAAAAGGUCGAGCAACGCCCUGCCAGAUUCGCAGAUACCGAGGAUGAGAAGAAGCCAACUCUGGUGGCUGAAAUUGCGGCGAAUUGGCUGUUGAUCCAAAAGCUAGAGCCUUUUGCACGCAGUGCUCAGUCCAAAGAACAUCUGCGCAAUAUCCUGAAACCUCACGUCUCGAAGCUUUUUCCUGAUUUAAUUCCCCAGACUAGUUUCUAUCACUCUGUGUCGGACCUGAUAGGUGAUUACAUCGGGUUGGCUUAG